GGCGCCGCUCGCCCCUCUCCUGCGCGCGCCCGGGCGCACGGCGCACAUUCGCGGUCUCCGGCUCCCCCGGCUGGCGGUCGCCACCGAAUUUGGGGGCAUCUCCCAGCCGCUGCGUGGAGCCAGCCCCUCCAUCGCCCUAUCUGAGGGACCACAUGGCCACUGAAGCCUCCUGCCCGUGGACGGGCCGCCUGCCUCGCCUCCAGGUGAGAACCUGGAUCGAGCCCGUGGUGGCCUCUGCCCAGGUGGCGUCCUCGCUCUACGACGCGGGGCUGCUUCUGGUGGUGAAGGCGUCCUACCCAGCGGAGGGCGCCUCCAACCACAGCGCCCUCCCUUCGCCCCGGGGGGCUCAAGAGGACCAACAGCAGAGGGCCAUCUCCAACUUCUACAUCAUCUACCACCUCGUGGUGGGCCUGACGCCCCUGCUGCCCGCCUACGGGCUGGGCUGGCUCAGCGACCGCUACCACCGCAAGAUCCCCAUCUUUGUGUCCCUGCUGGGCUCCCUGCUCUCCUCCCUCGUACUGCUGCUCAAGGUGCUGCUGGAUUGGCCGGUGGAGGUGCUGUAUGCGGCGGCGGCGCUGCACGGGCUGUGCGGCGGCUUCUCGGCGUUCUGGUCCGGGGUCAUGGCCCUGGGGUCCCUUGGCUCCUCCAAGAGCCGCCGCUCCCUGCGCCUCAUCAUUAUCGACCUGAUCCUGGGCUUGUCAGGCUUCUGUGGGAGCAUGGUCUCGGGGCACCUCUUCAGGCCCAUAGCGGGGCACUCCUGGCAGGGCCUGGUGCUGGCCGCCUGCAGCACGGGCUGUGCGGCUUUGGCUGUGGUCUACAGCCUCUUGGUGCUGAAGGUCCCCCAGGCGGUGGCCAAGGCCGGCAAGACACUCCCCACUGUGGCCGUCCUGUCUGGUGUGGUUGGCACGUAUCGUUCUCUGGAUCCCGACCAGCAGGAGCAGAAGAGUGUGGAGAGUCAUCCUCCGUCUUACGGAAAAGCAAAGCCCCCCAAAACCAUUAUUGCCCUGCUCUUUGUGGGGGCCAUCUUAUAUGACCUGUCCGUGGUCGGGACAGUGAACGUGUUGCCACUUUUUGUGCUCAGGGAGCCUCUCAGUUGGAACCAAGUGCAGGUGGGCUACGGGUUGGCUUCUGGGUACGCCGUCUUCGUCACCAGCUUCCUGGGUGUCCUGGUCUUCUCCCGCUGCUUCCGGGAUACCACCAUGAUCAUGAUUGGGAUGGUCUCCUUCGGGUCCGGAGCCCUCCUCUUGGCUUUUGUGAAAGAGACAUACAUGUUCUACGUCGCUCGAGCCGUCAUGCUGUUUGCCAUCAUCCCCAUCACAACCAUCCGAUCAGCAAUGUCCAAACUCAUAAAGGAUUCUUCUUAUGGAAAGGUGUUCGUCAUACUGCAGCUGUCCCUGGCUAUGACCGGGGUGCUGACAUCCACAGUGUUCAACAAGAUCUAUCAGCUCACCUUGGAAAAGUUUGCCGGCACCUGCUUUGUUCUCUCCUCCUUUUUAUCCUUCGUGUCCAUCAUCCCCAUUGGCAUCGUGGCCUGUAAACAAGCUUCAUGGCUGGCAUACGGAGACAUCACAGAGAAAUGAAGGUGCUGAAAACAGGAGCUGAAAACCUCAGCCAAGGCCGCGUCCCUUGGAAGACACAGGGAGGGGCCUGGAGCCUCCCCCUGCCCAAGAACCCCGAAUUCCAGCCGAAGUCAGCCUGGGAACGACCUGCUCUGGCUCAUGGGUCCCUGGUGGGUGGGAAAAAGCACUUACCUGGUGAUGGAAGAACUUUCUCAGCUUUUAGACACCCCCGUCAGGCAGAGGUUUGGUUCUGGGUCAGCCAUACUUGGUGCCAUCCCAGCGGGUGCCAAGGAGUAGCCAGGUGGACAUCUGGUGGUGGGCUAGGGGUCCCAGCCAAGAACUCAAGCAAGAGCAUCACUUUCAACAGCCUUGGGGAAGGUGGAAGAAAUGCUUGGUAAGAACUGCCACCAUCCAGGAACAAGUCAGUAUUUUAAAAAUUAAAAUAAAACCUUGGAAAAAAGUUAGCUUUCCUUCCUGGGGCCUUGUUUGCUGUGAACAUUCAGGAAAGAACAUUCAGAGAGCAGACCCUUAGCCUCAGGGUAGUUUUUGGUUUUUGUUUUAAGAUGUAAAUAUCAAAAACUUCCUUUAAUGGAAUAUUAAAUUGAACACUUUCAGUCACAAUACUUCCUAACCGCUUAGUGGUGUGAAGGGAGAGGGGAGAUGCAAAGCCACUUUAUUUUGAGUUACUUAUUUCUAUGGACUAAUUUCUUACAUAUAUAAAAAAGCAGUUUUAUGUCCUAAUAAAACCAGCAUUCAUAGUA